GAAGACCCUGAACUCCAAAUUAGGAAAUAGGACAUCAAUACACAGCUUCAAGCAUUUUGCUUCUUUCCCACCGAUCUUUAUCCGCCUUAAUUAAAUCGGAAAAGUUAAGGGAAUGGGAAGUUCUGAAAGAUCAAAAGGCGUAGCCUUGCUGGGGUUUAUACUGCUGAUCAUACUUCAGUCGGCGUCGGGCCGGUUCGUGGUGGAGAAGAACAGCUUGAGGGUGCUUUCUCCAGAGAGUAUCAAAAGCACUUACGAUUGCGCCAUUGCCAACUUUGGGAUUCCUCAAUAUGGAGGCAGCAUGUCAGGGACUGUGAUUUACCCGAAGGAUAACCGGAAGGCGUGCCGAAAAUUUGAGGAUGUUGGGAUUUCUUUCAAGUCAAAGCCUGGUUCUUUGCCCACAUUUCUCCUCGUCGAUCGCGGAGACUGUUUUUUUGCAUUAAAAGUUUGGAAUGCACAGAAUGCUGGUGCUUCUGCUGUUCUAGUUGCAGAUGACAUGGAAGAGCCAUUGAUAACAAUGGACACUCCUGAAGAGGACACUGAUGCUGCCGACUACAUUGCAAAUGUAACAAUCCCAUCUGCACUUAUCAAUAAGGAUUUUGGGGAGAAACUGAAGAAAGCAAUUAAUGGAGCAGAAAUGGUUAAUGUAAACCUUGACUGGAGAGAAGCCGUCCCUCACCCUGAUGACCGUGUGGAAUUUGAACUGUGGACUAGCAGCAAUGACGAGUGUGGUUUUAAGUGUGACAUGUUGAUGAAGUUCUUGAAAGAUUUUAAGGGUGCUGCUCAGAUUCUUGAAAAAGGUGGUUACACUCAGUUCACACCCCAUUAUAUAACUUGGUAUUGCCCCCAGGCAUUCACUAUUAGCACACAGUGCAAGUCACAGUGCAUUAAUCAUGGUAGAUAUUGUGCCCCUGAUCCUGAAUCGGACUUCAGUUCUGGCUAUGAUGGGAAGGAUGUUGUUCUCGAAAAUCUCAGACAGCUUUGUGUGUUUAGAGUGGCUAAUGAGACCAGAAAGCCAUGGAUUUGGUGGGAUUACGUGACCGAUUUUCAAAUUCGCUGCCCCAUGAAAGAGAAGAAAUAUAAUAAGGAGUGUGCGGUUGAAGUAAUCAAAUCUUUAGGCCUUGAUCAUAAAGCUGUUGAUAAGUGUAUGGGAGAUCCUAAUGCUGAUACCGACAACCCUGUUUUGAAAGAAGAGCAAGAUGCGCAAGUUGGUAAAGGAUCAAGGGGUGAUGUCACGAUAUUGCCCACCCUUGUGGUUAACAAUAGACAGUACCGAGGGAAGUUGGAGAAAGGUGCUGUCUUGAAGGCCAUUUGUGCUGGCUUUGAAGAAACCACGGAUCCUGCAGUUUGUCUAAGUGAUGAUUUACAGACAAAUGAGUGCUUAGAUAAUAAUGGUGGCUGCUGGCAAGAUAAAGCUGCCAACAUCACAGCUUGCAAGGACACAUUCCGUGGAAGAGUCUGUGAAUGCCCCAUGGUUGAUGGUGUGCAGUUUAAGGGAGAUGGUUACAGUUCUUGCAAACCAAGUGGACCAGGCCGCUGCAAAAUAAAUCAUGGAGGCUGUUGGCAUGAAACACGAAAUGGGCAUAGUUAUUCUGCUUGUGUGGAUGAGGAGGAGAACAAGUGCACAUGUCCUCCCGGAUUUAAAGAGGAUGGUAAAAAGUGUGAAGAUGUUGAUGAAUGCAAAGAGAAGAAGGCGUGCCAGUGCGCUGAAUGCAGCUGUACAAAUACAUGGGGUAGCUAUGAAUGCACUUGUAGUGGUGACCUAUUGUACAUCACAGACCAUGAUACCUGCAUUAGCAAAAAGGUUACUGGAGUCAAAUCUGGGUGGGCUGCUGUUUGGGUUAUUAUACUAGGACUGGCUAUGGCUUCUGGUGGGGCAUAUCUUGUCUACAAAUAUAGAUUUAGGUCAUACAUGGAUUCUGAGAUAAGGGCGAUUAUGGCACAAUACAUGCCGCUAGACAGUCAAAAUGGAGUUCAAAACCACGUUGAUGAGGAUAAUGCUUGAAAUUCCUUUGGCUCAUUGUUAUGUAUCCAAAGAAAACAAAAAAAAUCUUCCUCUUAUUAUUGAAACGCCUAUCUGUCCUACCAAAGGGAUUGAUUUUCAAAUGCCUGAGGGAUUUUGAAAAGGUGUCCUGUAAUGAGGUGAGUAGGAACAAGUUAUGGUAGGUACUCCAAGGGACUGUGGGGUUAUGUGGAUCCCCUCCUUUGGUUAUAGGCAACAGUGAAUAUGAUUUGUAGUUUUGUACCAUCUCCCCCCCAAACCUGCUGUUUGUAUCUUUAUUGUAGUAUGUUGUUAUUUGAAAUGAGCUGCCCCCACAAAAUGAUUAUGUGCAGUCUGUGUUCACUCAACAAUAAUAUAAGCUGUUUCAGAAUAAAAUACUUGCAUUUGAAGUA